CAAGGCCCAGCCAGCAGUCCUCUCAGCCUUUUCGUCCUCGGCCAUGCCUCGGUCUCUGCUCCUGCCAUUGCUACCCCUUCUGCUGCUGCUGCUUCCGCUUGAGAUCCCCAGAGCAGCCAGGGCAUCUCCGCGGCAAGGGUCCUCCGAGGUUGCGGCCACAUGUAAGGCCCAAGAUCUGUGCUUGCUCGGGCCACGCCCAUUGCCCCCCGCACCGCCAGUCAAUGUCAGCCUCUAUUAUGAGUCCCUUUGCGGAGCUUGUCGGUACUUCCUGGUCCGCGAUCUGUUCCCGACCUGGUUGAUGGUUAUGGAAAUCAUCAACAUCACCCUGGUGCCCUACGGGAACGCGCAGGAAAAAAAUGUCAGCGGCACGUGGGAAUUCACGUGCCAGCACGGGGAGCUGGAGUGCAGGCUGAACAAGGUGGAGGCCUGCCUGCUGGACAAACUGGCAAAGGAGGCUGCGUUCCUAACCAUCGUCUGUGUGGAGGAGUUGGAGGACAUGGAGAAGAAACUUGAGCCGUGCCUGCAGGUGUAUGCUCCAGAGGUGUCAGCAGACAGCAUCAUGGAGUGUGCCACCGGGGAGCGCGGCACGCAGCUCAUGCACGCCAACGCCCAGCUCACCAAGGCCCUGCAGCCGCCCCAUGAGUACGUGCCCUGGGUCCUGGUCAAUGAGAAACCUUUGAAGGACCCCAGUCAGCUCCUGAGCUCUGUCUGUCAGUUGUACCAGGGAGUGGAGAAGCCCGAUGUCUGCUCCUCCGUGGCUGACCCCCCCAGGAAGGUUUGCGACAAGUGAAGGGGGUUGUGGAAAGAAAAACGAGAGCCCAGCGGCACAGCCUGCGCAAAUCCUCAGCCCUCAGAGAUACCACUCACUCACCCACGAGAAAACGUAGACAUGUCCCACCAAACAGACUCAAAACUCUCCACGUAGUCAAAAAUCUUGCCUUGUUUCCAAAUGGUGCUAAAUUUAAAUUCAAUGAAUAAAUAAUUUAGAUUGA